GCUGAUUGUUGUUGUCGCUUAGAUCACGAUUGCAGUCGCGAUGUUAUGAAGUGUUUUCACUGUUGCAGAAUUGGGUGAGCUUGUUUCUGAAACAUGGAUUGUGAGGACUUCCUCGCGAAAGAGCAAAAAGUUCUGGAACUCUACUUUUUAAGUCUCGGGCACUUCAAUUAUGACAAAGCGAAAGAGACCGUUGAGAAAGAGCGGGAUGCUUUGUGCAAAACUGGUGCCAACUACCUGUUCAGCAGCGUCCUUACGGCGCUGUCGCAGAUGGCCAUCGCAGAAAAGUUGUACAUGUCUUUGCAGUACUUGGCUCCAAAAAGCUUCUUGAGAAAAGACACUUCCCUGAAGUCUCUGUAUGAGGCACUGCGACUGGAAUUUCUCCGGCUGAAAGACCAAGCGUCUUGCUCAACACCAGUCUCGUGCAGUCCUUCUCCAUCGAGCUGCUCACCGAUGAUGACGCCAUCACCAUCGGCCAUGUCGUUGAGCUCAAUGAGUCCGACUGUCGUUAUAGGCUCCUUCCAUAGCGGCACAUCUUACAUGUCGCAAUCACCCCAAGCGCCUGUCUUGGAUGCUUUCUUAAGUCACCUCUGUGGGCAGCUGCACUCAUUUGUUGUGGCCCGUGCCAGAUCUGUUGACUUCUAUGACAAGCUGUACACUCUCAGUCUUGGUAAAAUGAUGAAGUUCAAAGAUCUGUCUGCUACCCUGAGUGAUAUCAUACAACAGAAUCAAAAACUAUUUCAUCACCCUAUCCUGACCCCACUGAAGUCAUCGUUCAGCAUGGAGCUGGAGGCUCUGCAUCACCUACUUGAGGCUCAGGUGCUGUUGUCGCAGUGGCAGUUUCUGCAAGCUCUCCUUCACCUGAAAGAGGCCCAUGCGAGAUUGGGAGAGUGGAAUGCCAGCCUUCUACUGCCAGAGAACCGCCGAACACCUUCAUCUCUGCUGAGGGCUGAUAGGCUCCCACAGCUGGUAACUUGGAUCAACAAGCUCAAUGCCUUCAUGAUUGGAAAGUUUACUCUCUACUUUUACAAAAUCCUGAGUCGACAGGCAACGCAACAGGAGAUGAAAACUUUUGGCUCCAAGAUGACCAUCGACUACUGUCAGAGGAUAGCCAGCUUGUGCAAGAAGUCGGACGCACUAUGCGUCCAGCUGCUUUUUGAAGCACUUGGCGUUGAAGGCUACUACGAGCAUGGCUACUGCCACCCGGACCACGUCGUCGAAGCUCCCAAAGGAAUUGAUUCCUACCCAGUCAUCUAUUCUUACCCUACUAUAUACCAAGACAAGCAACACAGACCUAACAUUAUAAUGAUCAUCACAAAGAAGUCUGAUGAUCUCAAUUCUGAGGGGAUCGUGUAUUUCUAUGAUUCGAGAAUGGAGAAGAGUUAUUUCCUGGUCAAGCUGGAUCCACGUGUGACAAUGGUGGCCAUCUAUGUGUCACGAAAGUCGGAACGGGACACUUAUAUUGUAUCGUGCAUGCAAGACCUCGCUGCCCAUGUGCGGGGAAACAAAAUAUUUGGGAUGCUGAAACCAGGGAACAAAUGAGGGCUAAUAAAUUAUUUUUUAGAUACUUGA